CAGGCGCAGGCGCAGGCGCGAGUCAUUAUGGCGGCCCGCACUGGCUCGAUGACCGGCUUGCUGUGUGUCCGUUGGUGGAGUAGCGCGCCGCUUGCGGUCGGACGACUCUCUCUAGCCGCCUGUCGGCGAUGGGCCGGCUCCUCGGCAGACACCGUGUACGAUGUGGUGGUGUCAGGAGGAGGCCUGGUGGGCGCUGCCAUGGCUUGCGCCUUGGGACAUGACAUUCAUUUUCGUGACAAGAAAAUCCUUUUGCUAGAGGCGGGUCCAAAGAAAGUACUGGAGAAGCUGUCAGACACUUACAGCAACAGAGUCAGCUCCAUCUCCCCUGGCUCUGCAACCCUGCUCAGUAGUUUUGGUGCAUGGGACCACAUCUGCAAUAUGCGGUGCAAAGCCUUCCGGCGGAUGCAGGUGUGGGACUCCUGCUCAGAGGCCCUGAUCAUGUUCGACAGGGAUAACUUAGAUGACAUGGGCUACAUAGUGGAAAAUGACGUCAUCAUGUGUGCUCUCACAAAGCAGUUGGAGGCUGUGGCAGACCGUGUGAGGGUUCUCUACAGGAGCAAAGCUGUUGACUAUGCCUGGCCUGCCCCAUUUUCCAUGACAGACUCCAGCCCUUGGGUCCAAAUUACCCUAGGUGAUGGCAGCACCCUCCAGACCAAACUGUUGAUUGGUGCUGAUGGGCACAACUCAGGAGUAAGACGAGCUGCUGGGAUCCAGAAUGUUAGCUGGACCUAUGACCAGUCUGCUGUGGUGGCCACUCUGCAUUUAUCAGAGGCCACAGAAAACAAUGUAGCCUGGCAAAGAUUUCUCCCCUCUGGGCCUAUUGCUCUACUCCCGCUCUCAGAUACCUUGAGUUCCUUGGUUUGGUCCACAUCCCAUGAUCAUGCAGCAGAGCUGGUCAGCAUGGGUGAGGAAGAGUUUGUGGAUGCCAUCAACUCUGCCUUUUGGAGUGAUGCGAACCACACAGACUUCGUCGACUCGGCCAGCACCAUGUUGCGCUAUGUCGUCACCCUUCUGAAGCCCACUAGGGUCUCAGCUCGUCAGUUGCCCCCAAGUAUAGCCAAGGUGGAUGCUAAAAGCAGAGCCCUCUUUCCUCUGGGACUGGGACAUGCUGCUGAUGAUGCAGCCCACAGAGUCCAUCCACUUGCAGGACAAGGUGUCAACAUGGGCUUCGGGGAUAUUUCCAGCUUGGUUCAUCAUCUCAGUACAGCGGCCUUCAACGGGAAGGACUUAGGUUCCAUGAGCCACCUCGCAGGCUAUGAGACAGAUAGGCAGCGUCACAAUACUGCCCUUCUGGCUGCUACUGACCUAUUGAAAAGGCUCUAUUCCACCAAUGCCACUCCACUGGUGCUGCUCAGGACAUGGGGCUUGCAGGCAACUAACGCAGUGUCUCCUCUCAAAGAACAGAUAAUGGCCUUUGCCAGCAAGUGAGCACUCCUCUCCUGGGGAUCAUGUUGAUGACAGAGACCAUCUAGCCCUGUGACCAUCAGAAUGCGUUUCCAAGAUGGUUUCAUAAAUUUACACUAGAACUGUGUCUGUUUUCCUCUUCUGCUUAAUGGGCCUGUGUAGCCAAAAAAUGAGUGACAUUUAAGGAAAAAACCCAAAGGAAAACUGUUUGAUUGAAAGGAGCUUUUUAUUACUAAACAGACAAGUUACUGAGCUGGUAUCUCCUCAUUUCACUUGGUAAGAAUACUUUCUAAACAGAAUACCUUAAUACAGGUCAUAAAUUUAUACAAUUAUCUUGACAAAGAAUCAGAAAUACUUGGUACAUUUUUGUUAGAUUGUUUUAAAAUUAACACUGGCAUGCAAAUUAAAUACACAUUGCUUUGACAAAGUACACCAGUCUUUAAGGGGGAAGUGAAGAAACAGCCAGGUCUUAUUAAUGCUUUAGGCUUUCUUAUACAUUUCAGUUUUGUUUACACUCCUCUCUGUGAUGUCAUUUUCUGUUGAUUCUGUUAUUAAAAACAAUAAAUAACCUUACUGCACACACAGCUGCAGAGGCCUCAGGGACAACCUGUCCAUGCAUGUGUGGUGGAGUGGUUUCUGACUUGGGGUUUUGAUGUACUGACUGCACAGCACCAGAGAGGCCUCCAGAAGAGAACUUACCUGUGUUAGAUAAGAACCCUGGACAGAAUAUCUUGCCCAGAAGUCUGUUUUGAAAAGAUGAAGUAAGAAUGUCUCCUUUCAACUACACUAAACUGUUGGUAUAACUUUUGGAGAGAUAAGAUAGCUAUUGCAACGGGACAGCUUUUUAAACAAUGUAGAAAACUUAGUACAAAGUAAUAUGUCAGUAAAUCCAGAAAAUGUCCCCAGAAUAAAAGAUGGUAGCUGUUGGGAAAAACUGAUGGCCAGAGACUAUCAGGACAAGGUCACCUUUUCCAAAAAGUUAGCCCUGAUAAGAAUACUGACUCUCUAAUAUACAGAAAAAUUAAAAAGUUAAAGAGAUGAGAACUUUAAGGCACACAUUGUAAGGACAUCUGUGACUCAGAUGUUCUUCAUAUAAUAGUGAUAAUACACACAGCAUCUACCACGCACCAGACCACAUCCUAGGUAUUUAAAUUAUAUUUACAUUUUCACAGAGAUGGAACUUGCCAGCAACAUCAAAUCAGAAUACAUAGGAC